AACAGAAGGGCGGAAGACACUGGGGGAGGGGGAGGCGGGGGUGCGGGCGGUGCUGUACAAGUAUCAAAUCCGCAGCACCAGGUUCAUCUUCAGGGCGGUGGAAGUUCAUCUUCAUCGUCCAGCAGUAGCAGGAAUGUACACCCCUUUGGAGGUCAAUACCCGCAAAACAUCUUGAAUCAAAACCAGCAUCAAAACCGGCAGCCCCCUGGUGCGGGAGCCAACAUCAACGCUAAAUUGUACGACCAGAAGUAUCUGAGCAAUUCUAGAAACUACCGAUUGGAAAUCUCCACUUCUACCCCCAGCUCCUCCUCUUUUUUCCGCGCAGAGCUGCCCAGACAGAUUUUUGACGAGUUCGCCAUGCCACCGGGAUUGACGAAAGGUCUGGAACAACGAGGCGGCAAUGUUAAUAGCAACAACGAUCCUGCAAGAAGUAUUAAUGCUCCGCCACAACAGCAGAAGCAGAACCAGGUGCAGGGAAUGAAUGAGUUUCCGCAAAUGAUGAACAACCAGGCUCCACCCUUCCGCAGCCAGCUAGACACCGCCGCCGGCGUGCCCUUCAGCAAACUCCAUGUUUGCACCUUCUUGCCAAAGGUUUUAGAAAAAGCCUCCGCCGCGAAGCUGAUGCUGUACGACAACGGAUGUUUGACCUUGCAUGCGAUCUGCAAAGCCGAUAGUGGGAGUGGGUUCGUCGACCCCUUGGGCGGUGUGAAUGCGCAUGCAGACGCGAGAAUCUACUGCGAGAUGAACAUGUCACCGCAUAACAAGGGGGUGAAUAAUAGUAACGGGAACAACGGGGUGGAUCAGCAGGGAGUUGCAGAAUACAUGAACUGCUAAUGUACAUGUGAAUCUUGCUGGAGGUGGAGUGAAGCCAGACGCUCUUCCAUCUUCAGUCGUGCGCGACAGCAAUACAACCACAUAGAGGAGAACAACUUCAUCUUUGAUUACAAUUGCCUUUAUUCUCGG